UUGAACAACGGAUGGCGCCACAGUGAAAACUCAUAUCAAUGCUAAAAUGACGCCGAUCAUUUUUGUUUAAGAAGUGUGUAUAAAAGAACAAUAAUAAAUACAAAAAAGACUAACUAAGUGCAAAAAAGUUAUUAAGACUGGCAGAUUGUAGAGAGAAAGUGAUGGAUAAAUCAAGCAGCGUCAGUCCCAGUGAGUGUCGCGUAACCAGAUCAAGCAUGACGCCCACCUUGCGGCUGCAGCAAAGCCCCAGGCGUCAACAUCAGCAGCAGCAGCACCAGCAGCAGCAGCAACAACAGCAGCAACAACAACAACAACAGCAAUCAUGCGAUGAACAAAUUGCAAUCAAAACCAAGUCACCGCAGCAGCAGUCGCUGCCGACGUUAACGUCUACGUCAACGCCGACGCCGACACAUCAUCAAUUUCGUGCGCCAGCACAACAACAACAAUCAACCAAGCACAAAAGCAACAGCAGCGGCAGUGCCAGCAGCGGCGGCAGUAGUAAAGCCUGGAGCAAACGGCAGCACAAGACUAGCGGUAAAUACAAUGCCAGCGCUUGCGUCGGCGCCAGCGCUCAGCAGCAGAAUCAGCACCAUCAUCAUCCCUACGCCGCGCAUCAUUCAGCGAAUGGCAGCGGCGUCUCUGCUCAGGCAGCUGUCGGCGCUGGCGUCGGCUCGCAGCCAGCAACUAGCGCCGCAGCCGCUGCGGCCGCUGUUGCCGCUCACAAGGCAGAUCUGGAGAACAUACAGAAUAUCAAAAAUCAAAUAGCUGGCAGCCAUGCCCACAGCGGCGCCCACCAAGCCGGCACACAUCACAGCGUAGCGGCUGGCUCCGCCGGCGUUGGCAGCGCUGUCAGCGGCGGUGGUCACCAUCAUCAUCACAACCAUAAUACACGGCUGGCGCAAACUGCGGCAGCGAUAGUGGGCAACGGCCUGCCAAUGCCAACGAUGGAUGCCAAGCUGGGAGGGCACGGGCACGGCUUGAAGGGACAGCAGCAGCAGUACAAAAAGAUGCUGCCUCACAGAGGUCAUCAUCAUCAUGUCUUGUGCUCUGGCAACAAUGCGAAUCACACAUGCUGCCUGGUAACUGGCUGUAACGGCAGCGUCGGCAGCGCAGCCGGUAAAGAUACGCAGAGCAACAAGGACACCAGCUCGCUGAGCGGCAACAGCAGCAUCAAUUCUAGCAGCGCAGCGGCAGCGAACGCUGUGCACUAUUGCUGCGGCCGUUCGAAGUUCUUUUUGUCCGAGAAACGUUUACGCAAGGAAGUUAUUGUGCCGCCUACGAAGUUUCUACUGGGUGGCAACAUUUCGGAUCCGUUGAAUUUGAAUUCGCUGCAGCAUGAGAAUACGUCGAAUGCGUCAUCUAGCAACAAUACGCCGGCGACGACGCCGCGACAGUCGCCGAUAACGACGCCGCCGAAGGUGGAGGUGAUUAUACCGCCGAAUAUACACGAUCCGUUGCACUUGCUCGAUCCGGUCGAUUCGAUGGAAUACGAGAAGCAGUUGACGUCACCAAUGAAACGGGGCGGCAUGCUGACUCGUGGCAGUCAUUUGAAGCUGCAGCAGCAGCAGCAGCCGCAUCACCGGCAGCACAGGCAGCGUAAGAAUCGUAAGCGUCGGCGUUUCGAUUCAAAUAAUACAUCGUAUGCCGGCGAUGACGUCGCAGUCAUCGUCGCUGACGGCGUCGCUGAGGCGUCGACGCUUUCGAUUUCAUUGGAAGAUGUGCCAGCAACAAAAGGAACAACAGCAACCGCAGAAGGAGCAGUGAUGGAGAUAGACGACGUAGCAGUCAACGUCACAACAACAUCAACACCAACAACAAUAUUAACAGCAGCAACAAUUGCAGCAGUUACGACUGAAGCUGCAGUAAUAACAGCAGCAGCGGCGUCGCCUGUGGCUGCGCUGAGCGCCACAACACUGCUGAGCGAGGCGGCAGCGUCGGCUUCAGGUGAAACAUUGGAAUUGACACAACAGCAGGCGCAUGUGCGCUCUCGCUCUCCGCAAGCAGCGGCCACUGCAAUGGAGGAGACAAGAACGCCAGCACUAGCAGCCGGAGCACAAACGCUCUCGCCAAAGGAACAAAUGGAAUGCAACAUUACGCGGCCGGCAGCAACGUUAACUUUAUCGCCGCUACAACAAGCACAGCCACAGCAACAUGUGGCUGCAAUUGCCGAGCUGCCCAGCAGCGACAUGCAGACGGUGACUGGCAGCAACAACAUCAGCAGCAGCAGCAAUAUUAGCAACUCAGAUGAUUUGGGACUCAGCGCAGCAUCAACAGACGCUUCGACGUCGGCAGCAGCGCUAGCAGUAGCGUCCACGCUGGCCGAUCGUCGUGCGUUGGCCAGUCGAGAUUUGCGCUUAGAUUUGGACAGCACAUGCUACGGCGUUGGCGGUACAGGAUUGAGCUUUGCUGCUGGCAGCGCAGCCAGCUUUGGCAGCGGCAGCAGAAAACGUAAAGUUAGUGAGAGCAACAAUUCUCAAAAGAGCAAGAAAUUCCAUCGACAUGAUGCCCUGGAUAAAAUUGUUAGUCCUGUGGUGCCACAACCGGGUGCCUGGAAGCGGCCGCCACGUCUACUGCAGCCAAGUGGGGCACGAAAGCCGAACACGCGGCGGUCGACAUCUUUUAGCGAAACAGAGCAGCUGAGCCCCGUGGAGGAACUGCCACACAAGCCGCUUAUCGAGAUUGUGGACAUACCACGCGACGAUACGCCCGAUCUGUCCGAGCAUGGGCUGGGCAGUCCGUUGAGCACCAUUUCCGCAGCCACGUCGCAUACGGCCGGGGAGCCAGAUACGCCUACAGCGGAUGAGGCAACAGCAACAACUACAGCUGCAGCAGCAGCAGCAGCAGCAGAAAUACCAGCAGGCGAAGCGGCAGCAACAGCAGAAGCAGCUGCAAUAUCAGCAAGUGAAGGUCCGCCAGUUGUUGGCUUAAUGCUGGAGCCUGCUUUGAUUCCGCUACUUCAUACGACGCCCAAAUUCCGGGCGGAUGGUCUCAAAUAUCGCUAUGGCAACUUCGAUCGCUAUGUGGACUUUCGACAGCUCAACGAGUUCCGCGACGUGCGACUGCAGGUGUUUGAGCAGCAUGUGGAACUGUUCCAGAACAAGGAUAUUCUCGAUAUUGGCUGCAAUGUGGGCCACAUGACCAUCACAGUGGCGCGCCAUUUGGCGCCCAAGAGCAUUUUGGGCAUCGAUAUCGAUCGCGAACUGAUCGCCAGAGCUCGACGUAAUUUGUCGAUAUUUGUGCGCAUACCCGAGGAAGAGCGUCCGGUGCAGGAGGUUAAGCAGUCGCAGCCACAGUCGGUGCUCGAUAAGGCUGAGCCGAGCGAUGGACACAAGAAGACGCGACGUGGCAAGAAGCGACGCAAGGCGCAGCAGCAGCGGCAGCGGCAGCAGCAGCUGGCACUGCAACACCUGCAACAGCUUCAUCACCAUCAUCAUCAUCAUCACCAUCAUCAUCACGGUCACGAUCAUCAUCAUCAUUUGGAGCAGCUACAGAAAUUGGAUGCAUUGCUGGUCAAGCCACACGAAUUUUUUCCCAUUUCCUUUCCGCUCACCUAUGGUGGCAUGCCGCACUUGCCGCCCACGGGAAAGUCGCCUUUCAAUUCCAGCUGCAAAAACCAAUUUCCACAAAAUGUUUUCUUUCGUCAAACGAACUAUGUGCUGAAGGACGAGUCCCUAAUGUCGAACGACACGCAGCAAUACGAUCUCAUACUGUGUCUAUCGGUCACCAAGUGGAUACAUCUGAACUUUGGGGACGCGGGCCUCAAGCUGGCCUUCAAGCGCAUCUUCAAUCAGCUGCGACCUGGCGGCAAGCUCAUACUCGAGGCGCAAAACUGGGCUAGCUACAAGAAGAAGAAGAACCUAACGCCGGACAUAUACAACAACUACAAGCAAAUCGAGUUCUUUCCCAACAAGUUUCAUGAGUAUCUGCUGAGCCCGGAGGUCGGCUUCAGUCACAGCUACACGCUGGGCGUGCCAAGGCAUAUGAAUAAGGGCUUUUGUCGACCCAUACAGUUGUAUGCCAAAGGCGACUACACGCCGAAUCAUGUGCGAUGGAGCGACGCGUACUAUCCACAAACGCCGUAUGAGGCGUAUCGGGGCAUCUAUGCCACGCUGCCUGCCCAUCGCACGGGCGGAGGUGGCAGCAGUGCGGGCGGCAGUCACGGUGGCCACGCCCAGCUACACUUGCUGAGCAGCUCGACGCGGUCGCAGAACUACGAUACGCCGCACUAUGCGGGCAGUGCCUCCGGCUCGGCCAGCUGCCGGCAAACGCCGAUGUAUCAGCAUACGUACAACCCGCUAGAAACAGACUCCUAUCAGCCAAGCUACGACAUGGAAUAUCUGAAUCACAUGUAUGUCUUUGCUUCGCCUCUGUAUCAGACCGUCUGGUCGCCACCGGCUUCGUUGCGGAAGAGCUCUUCGCACACGCCGGUGUUUGGCAGCGUGCGGGAUGCGGAGCUGGAUGGAGAUGGCAGCAUAAGCGGUGGUGGCAGUGGCGGAGGGAGCUAUCAUCGUCACGUUUAUCCGCCCAAUGAUGACACCUGUUCGCCGAAUGCGAAUGCAUGUAAUGCAUUCAAUUCUAUAAGAGAUGCGGACACGGAUGACUCCAAUCAGUUGCCCGGGGGCAGCAGACGGCAUGUGUAUGCCACAAAUUGUGGCGAGAGCAGCUCCUCGCCUCAGGUGAAUCAUCACGAGGCGAGCGUCGAGUUUGCCGAUGCCCUCAUGGAUGAUGAGCAGAAGACGCUGGCUGCGGGCACCAGCGGAGGUGGGAAUGGAGGAGCAGGAGCAGGAGCCGCUUACUGUGAUCUGUCAGAUGCCUAAACUGGGUCUGGACGGUGGGCGAAUACGAAACACAUUGUGUCAAAAUGCAAAAUAUAAAUAGAAUUAUAUAUAGCCAUAAGUUAUGAAAUUUGUAAACAAAAAAUAUGGAGCUACAUUACGAGAUGUGUUGCAGCCAGCCGUUGUUCAUUUGAUUUGUCCAAUACGUGAAUAUAUAUAUUUCUAUAUAAGUAUAUAUGUGAUAAAUCAAAUCAACAAUUGCCGCGCAUCCCUUCAGAUCAAUGUAAACACGCAAACGAGACGCUUAUGAUUUUUUAAU